AAACAACUUAAUUACAGAUAGGUUAUUCCCAAAUUCACAUAAAAUACAUAUCGGCAAUGUAAUGAGCGUGUUAGCGGGAAAUGUGAAGCGCGUCACAAAUCAACAUUGUUAUUGAGUUGCUUAUAAAAGCAGCGGCGACCGUCCGCCCCGCAAGUUCCGCGGUGCUCGACGGCGAGGCAACACGUCGCGGCAAUACACUAUCCACGUUAUAUUUACAGCCAGUGGCCUGGACGUGGAACGUGCCAGAGCCUGAGGGGCAAUUUGUGCAAUCAUCUCGUUGAGCGUAAACAAACGGCAGGUUCGCGAUGGGAGUACAUUGGGCCGCCGCCCUAGGAUGGCUGUGUCUGACGGCGGUGGUGCACGCCUUGGCCGUGCCCACCCCGGACACGAUGGUCGUGGCCAGAUCUAAUGAUGAUCACACUGACUCGACAACCUCACCGGUAACAGUGAGCGAUGUGACCACAGAAGAAGCUGCCCCGCCAGUGAAGCUGACCGCGAUGACUGUGACCUCCAACAUAGCCCUGCGGUAUGCGCACACGGCCGUGGUCACGCACGUGAGGAACCCCGCCAAGAAGUCGCAGGAAGCCACCUUCAGGGUACUUCUGCCGGAGACCGCGUUCAUAAGCGGGUUUAUUAUGACCUUAAACGGCAAGUCGUACAAGGCCUACGUGAAAGAAAAAGAAGAAGCGAAGCAAAUUUACGACCAGGCGGUGUCGCAGGGAUUCGGAGCUGCGCACAUCGCGACCAAGGCUCGAGACUCCAACCACUUCACGGUAUCCGUAAACGUUGAACCCAACACGGCCGCUAUCUUCAACCUGACGUACGAGGAGCUGCUGGUCCGCCGCAACGGGGUCUACAACCACGCCAUCAACCUGCACCCAGGGUCCCUGGUGCCGAACCUCACCGUCACGGUCAACAUCCACGAGACCGAGAAGAUCACGGUCUUGAGGGUUCCGGAGAUCAGGACCGGGAACGAAGUUGACGCGACGCCAGAGGAUCCACAAAAUGCUCAGGCCGUGAUAGAGCGGGGUCACGACGACCGUGUGGCGAGCGUGACCUUCAAACCCGAUCUUGAUGAACAGCGGCGACUCAUCGCACUCUAUAUGGAGAAAACCAAAGAGUCCCGUGCCAGCAGCAGAAACUACCGGUUCGGCUUCCUGCCCGAAGAGCAGGAGCAGCCGCAAAGUGAUGGAACCCUGGGCCAGUUCGUCGUGCAGUACGAUGUGGACCGCCCCACAAACGGCGAGGUCUUGGUGAACGAUGGCUACUUUGUUCACUUUUUCGCUCCGAGCGACCUCCCGCCUCUGAACAAACAUGUAGUGUUCGUACUGGACACUUCAGGCUCUAUGAUGGACCGCAAGAUCGUGCAGCUGAGAGAGGCCAUGCAGACCAUCCUCAGCGACCUCAACCAAGGGGACUACUUCAGCAUCGUGGAGUUUGCUUCCUCCGUCAUUGUCCAUGAAUUGAAGGAAGCCGACUAUGAGCCCAAAAAGCCUAGUUACGGUUAUGACUGGGAGGCUAAAACUGCGCCCAAACUGGUGCCGCCGUCUCCCGCCACUCCCGAAAACAUCGCCAAGGCUAAAGUCAUCGUCAGCAGACUCGAUGCCGCUGGAGGGACCAACAUCGGCGACGCCCUGGACGUAGCGGUCCAGAUCAUCAAGUUAGGCGUGUAUGACGAAGCUGCAGUCAACAACGGAACGACGGCCAUUCCGCCUUUAGCACUACCCGUAGCUGAAGAGAACACCACCUCUACAGCGAAACCAGCAGAUUUGACGACUCAAACAAGCGAAUCUGAUGAUAACGCUUCAAGGCUGGAGCCUAUAAUAAUCUUCCUGACGGACGGCGACCCCACCGUGGGCGAGACGGACCCCACCAAGAUCAUCAACCACCUCACUGAGAAGAACUACGGCAAAGACAAGGCAACGAUAUUCUCGCUCGCUUUCGGUGAGGACGCAGACCGCAAGUUCCUCCGCAAGGUGUCGCUGCGCAGCUCCGGCUUCAUGCGCCACAUCUACGAGGCGGCCGACGCGGCGCUGCAGUUGCGGGACUUCUACCGCCAGGUGUCGUCACCGCUGCUAGCCGAUGUACACUUCUCCUACCCACCGGACCAGGUGCAAGCAGACUCGUUGACGAAGAAUAAGUUCCGCACGUUGUAUGCGGGCUCGGAGACGGUGGUGGCGGGGCGCGUGCGCGGCGGCGUGACGUCGCUGGCGCCGCGCCUGGCCGCGCUCCGCGCCGACGGCGACGCCGGCCGCAACAAGAAGAAACGCUACGAAGUGGUAUCAAAGACCCUGAUAGAAAAUAAGAGUACCACUUACUACCCAUUAGAAAGGUUGUGGGCGUACCUCACAGUGCGGCAGUUGUUGGACGAGAAAGACGCUCAGCUGGAGUCUGAACAAAAAGCCGACAAAGAGAAGUCGCCGGAGAAGAAGGCGCUGGCUAUAUCACUCAAGUACGAAUUGGUGACCCCGCUGACCUCGCUCGUCGUGGUCAAACCGAACGCCACCAACGCUGUUAACGCAGAAUCGGUCGACAAAGAUAAUAACCCUUACGCGUUGCCUGGGGCCGGAGGUGUGCCUCUCUCGGCGCAAUAUUCCAGUGCCAUCUUAGCGCGACCAGCCGCGGCGCCGCCGGCGCAGGCGUUUGCAGUGUUCGACGAAGCUGCUUUGCCUGAAGCUGCUUUUGAAACAGCAGAUUAUUUCGAUGGCGAUUUUAGUGGCGGGGCUAACUCCUUACAUUCCUAUUCACGAAUAAGACUCACGUCCCAUCUCCAUGCGCGACCUCUCGCAUUCUACGCGGUUUCUGGCCAACAAGGUUUGGCGCCCAGUACGCCAUUUGUACCCACAAUGCAGCGUUUGACGCCAUUGCCACAACCGCCGAGUCCGCUAGCGACAUUCAACAAAGAUUUGCAGGAGUACCAUUGGGCAGAGCCGCUGUUUGUUGCCGCAGAGAAGGCCUUAGUAUUUGAAGCUAGCAAUACUACACAUAAACUUGUACUUAGUGAUAAUGAGUCGCCCCUAGAUGCGGAGGCGGACAGCGAGUGUCCUGAGGCGGUGUCCGGCGGUGCCGGGCUCUGUGUGUACCUCACGCGGUGCGCCGCGGCACAGAACAUCACCGCCGACCUCUACAAAACCACCUUUUGCAGGGUCGAUGGCUCGUACGCCGGCAUCUGCUGUCCACGGUCAUCGGUGAACAAACCUCGAGUAAAGAGCGUUGGUGAAAGUUCUAGUGAUAAAAUCAGCUCCAGUACAGCUCAAAGUCAUAAGGAAGGCAGUAGUCAGGCGUAGUGGUAGUCUCUGUAUUUGAAGACUAUCCUACGGCACAAUCAGUGAAUCUCUUUUAAUUUAAAAUAAAGAACAGUACGGGAGGAAUUUCUAUUGACUGAGUAAUUGACGCAUUUUUGACGUGUUGAAAACUGUUUGUUGUUAUACUGACAUAAUUUAUGAAUGCAGUUAUUUCAAUUACAACAUAGAAAUGACUUUGGUAUCUUUUUGUUUGAGAUGAUCUUUUUACUCGACUGCAAAGGGAGAGAUGCAUCACAAAAUAUUUUUAAUUAUUGAAAUUGAUUUAUCGCGCCGAAAAGCUAUGACAUGAUAUGUAUGUAUAUAUGAUGAUUUUAUGUAAGAUUGUUUAUUGCGACUUAUUUUUAAAAUAUAUCAUAAGCUUAGUGUAAAAGAAGUGAUAUUUGAGUGCUCACUGCGGUGCUGGUACUCCGACGGAAGUAUUAAGUUAAAAGGUGCUAUUUGAUUCGUGAAGUGCCAUGUUUGUACCU